UGAUUAAUUAUUGUGUAAAAUAACAAAAAAAAUUUCUUUCAUACAUAUAAUUUUGACCUUGUUUAUUUAAACCGAAUGAGCAAUUUAUAUCAUAAAUAACUAAAAACCUAAGGGGCAGCGCAGUGGAGUGUUAUCCUUCUUUAUAUCGUCUUUUUGUUUUAUAACUCUUGCCUCCGAAGAAAUUUGGUUCUUAUGUGCCGAACAAGUGAUUUCUCAGUUAUGAAAACUUUGUACAUAUAUAACAAUGUUAACCAAAAAAAGUGAAAGUGGAAUAAUGAACAUUUAUUGUCCUUUAGUUAUCAUUGAUUAUGAACGUGAACAUAAGUUAGAAGGUCCAAGUGAACGUGCUAAACAAAGGAACAAAAAUAGAAUGGGAAAAGCAGAAGAAAGAACCAAGUUGAGAUCAGUGAAGAAUUACUUGGAGAAAAGAGGAAAAACAGCAUCAACGUUAGAUGCAUUGCCUCCUAAGUUUUUGGAACAUCUAAUCUGUCAUGGCCUGCGCCUGGAUCUCUUACAACCUGGCUGUAUUGUCUUCUCAAUGAAGAUACCUCCACGUUUACUCAAUUCAGGUAAGUACUUGCAAGGUGGUGUCAUUGCUAGUCUGGUGGAUAUGGUAGGCGGAGUUGCAAUUCCCACCGGUGGAGUUUCUGUCGAGAUCAACGUCUCAUGCUUGGAUGCUGCCUAUGUUCAUGAAGAGAUUGAGAUAGAAGCAAGGGUUCUACGAGUAGGAAAGGUUAUAGCUGUUGUAAGCAUGGAGUUUAGGAAGAAAAAGACUGGCCAAGUUUUUGCUCAUGGACGUCAUACCACAUAUCUUUCCAUUACUAGUAAAAUGUGAAACUGAGACCAGAUGAGAUAAUAGGAUAUGAUCUAUAAUUUAUGUGCUUUUGGUUUUUCUCAAUAAUAUUUCCACUUCCAUGUAAUAUAAUUUUCUGAUACAAGACCUAUUUAAGGUUGUAAUAUAUAAACUUUGCAAGCAUCUUUGGAGAUCUGUAAAUUGACCUCAUUUCCAUUCCA